UAGUCUCAACUCUCAACCUCCAAAUCACCAAACAGAAAAGUAAAAAAAAAAAAAUAAUUAGUGAGAGUAUUUGAUUUUCCCUUAAAAAAAAUGGAGAUAGAAUUAUCACCAAAAGUAGCAAAAAAAGUGUAUGAAGGUGAAGGAGGAUCAUACUUGACAUGGUUUCCAUCAGAACUUCCAAUGCUUAAACAUGGAAAUAUUGGAGCUGCUAAGCUUUUUCUUAACAAGUUUGGUUUUGCCCUUCCUCAUUAUGCUGAUUCCUCUAAAAUUGGCUUUGUUCUUCAAGGUAAAGGAGUAGUAGGAGUAGUAUUUCCUGAGAAAGAAGAGAAAGUAAUUGAAAUCAAGGAAGGAGAUGCAAUUGCAAUCCCAUUUGGAGUUACUACAUGGUGGUUCAACAAACAUGACACUCAACUAAUAAUUGUUUUCUUAGGUGAAACCACUAAAGCACACAAACCAGGAGAAUUCACCUAUUUCUUCCUCAACGGCUCUAAUGGAAUCUUCACCGGAUUUUCUCCAGAAUUUGUUAGCCGUGCUUGGGACUUACCACAAAAUGUCAUCAAUCCCCUAGUCAAUAACCAAACAUCCCAACUAAUAGUCAAGCUUAAUGACUCCAACAGACUGCCUGACCCCAUUUUUGAGCAUCGAAAUGGCAUGGUGUUUAACUGCUUGGAAGCAGCCUUAGAUGUCGAUGUUAAGGGUGGCGGUAAGGUGGUCGUAUUGAACGCGAAGAGCUUGCCGUUGGUGGGGGAAAUAGGCCUUGGGGCUGACCUUGUUAGGCUCAAUGGUAAGGCUAUGUGUUCCCCUGGUUUCUCGUGUGAUUCAGCUCUUCAAGUGACUUAUAUUGUUAAAGGGAGUGGCAGGGUUCAGAUUGUUGGGUCUGAUGGGAAAAGGGUACUUGAUAGUUGUGUUAAAGAAGGAGAUUUGUUCAUUGUUCCAAGGUUUUUUGUGGUUUCUAAGAUUGCUGAUGAUGAUGGGUUAGAAUGGUUUUCUAUCAUCACUACACCAAAUCCUGUGUUUACACAUUUAGCUGGGAAAACAUCAGUGUGGAAGGCAUUAUCUCCGGGAGUGCUUGAAGCAGCCUUUAAUGUGUCUUCAGAAGUUGAGCAGGAAUUUCGUUCUAAAAGGACAUCUGAUGAAAUAUUCUUCCCUCCUAAUUAAGAAGAUGAUAAAGAGUUAACUUAAAAUUUGUUACACUAUAUUCACAGAGAGUUACUCUUGUGAGAGAUCGUUUGUCAGUGAAAUAAACUUAAAAUAAGAUGUCUAUGUACUAAUAAUUUGUAUUAGUUGGAUUAUUUAACCCAUAUAUGAGGUGUGUCUCUCGGUGAGACCGUCUCAUACAAAAAUUUUUAAUUUACAAAAUAGUUACUAUGAUUUGUGUAAAAUGACAAAUUUACGGAGAAGCUUUUAUAUGCAUAAUAUUUAAAACACUUUUCCCAUCAAA